AUGACGCCCGGAUCGCCCCGACUGUACGGUUCGCGAUCCAACCGGAUGUUCCCGGUGCGGCCGAGUGUUGCGUCCGAUCGUGUUCGGCCGCUGGCGGCGUUGUUGGUGCUGCUAGUGGCCCUUCUGCCGCUCGGUUGUGGCGAACUCGGUUCGGCCCGGGAACCGGCCCUGAUCCGGAUGGAGCAUCGCGACGCGCACCAGGGCCCGUCAUCGGCCGCCUCGUCGCAGCUGUGCGGUGGUGGGACGUUGACCGCCCCGCACGGGGUCAUCGCGACGCCCAACUUUCCCGCCCGCUUCCCGGUGCCGAUCAGCUGCAGCUGGAUCAUCGACGCGUCGGCCAUCGUUGGGGCGAACAUUUCGAUCGUGGUGUACCUGACGCAGCAGUACGUCCUCGGUGGGUUGCGUUUCACCGAGUACAUGUACUACAGCGACGACUACAAAGUGCCGAGCAUGAACGUGUACGAGCUGAGCGAGGACGACGUGACCAGCGUGCCGUGGCUUCGCUUCAACAGCCCGUACCUGGAGGUGCGCUUCACCAUGGACAGCCUGUACGGAACGCACCUUCGCGCGCUGGACCGGCUGCUGGAUGUGUACGGCUUCAACAUCACGUACGAGGUGGACGCGGUCAAGUCGCAAACUUGCAACGCGCUGCACUGCCGGUUCCUCGGCAACUGCUACGCCAAGCCGGACUUCUCGUCAUACUAUUGUGAUUGUUAUCCCGGAUUCAGUGGCUCCGACUGCGGAGAUGGACCACUUUGCAAGGAUGCAAAUAUCUGCGAAAAUGGAGGAACGUGCAAGCACGUCGGUGACAACGCCAUCGCCUGUAUCUGUCCGGCCGGGUUCAAAGGCAGCCGGUGCGAGAUCAGCGAGUACGACGAGAUCACAGGAUGCAAUCUGGAAAAGGAGGGCGAGGAUUGCUUUCGCCAAUGUAUCUCGACCGCUGACAGCCAGGACGUUUGCCGGUGUGACCAGAGCAUAUCGUCAUCUAGUCGAGGGCGAGCCAAGUACGAGAUGACGGUUCGUUUAGCCAACGCAUCCCACUUCGAGCUGAACGAGAACGGAGAGCAUCAACUGACGGAAAAUACAGUCACCGUGUUGGAAAAACAGAUCAAUCGGUUUCUGCGAAAUUUCAACCUGUCCAAAAUCAACGACUUGGAAGUGUUUGCCUUCAGGACGAACGGCGUGCCCGGCGGUGGAAGCACUUCGCCGAAACCGGGCUCGGCAAAGGGUAGCGGCAGCGACGUAAUGUUUCAAUUUUUCGGCCCCAAGUUCGACGCGGCCCGGGUGCGGGAAGCGAUGGAGAAGAUGACGGAGCGGGGCCGGAUCGGAAACGUCAGUCUCGCGCCCGGGACAAAGCUGUCCUUUCGCCAGGACGUCGGGCUGAUGCUGCAGUCGGUGGUCAUCAAUCAAAAGGGACCGAUCCGGGAGAAUACCGAGUUCAUACUGUCCUGUGUGGCGCAGGGCUCAUCAACGAUGUCCUUCCGGUGGUACAAGAACGGAUACUUCGUGAACGUGACCAAAGCAACAAGGAACAUGUGGACCCGACUGCUGCCGCUGGACUCCAAGGAUCACUACACGGCACUGCUCGGCAUCAACCGGGCGAACCGGCUUGACGAAGGCAUUUACACCUGUCAGGUCGCCGACAUGGGCAUCGAGCAGUGCCGUUCGACGAAGGUGCAGAUCCUGGCCGCACCGCAACUUCGCGUGGAUCCACCGAGCGUGACGCUUUUCCGGGGCGACUCGCUGCUGAUCCGAUGCCUCUCCCAAGACUCCGACCGGCGCUUCGGAAUGCUCGGCUACAGUUGGACGAAAAACGGUGCCCUGUUUCAGUCCGAUCCGAACGGCGAGCUGUGGGAGGAUCUUUUUCCGGACGGGAGCAUUCUAAAGGUGAACAAUCUACAGAAAUCUGUCGUCUACACCUGCAUCGUGUCCAACUCGGUGGCUCCCGUGUCGAGGAGUGUCCACGUGACGGUGGUGGAACCGGGUACCGUCACCUUGUGCCCGCAAAGUAACGACUUUGGCGUAAGCUGGCCGGCGAGCGCUAGCGGACCGGCCGUUCUGGCCGAUUGUCCCAAGCGCGGUACGGGGCUGGCGAGUCGGAUCUGUGAGCAGCGAGACUUUGGACGCCCCGAAUGGUUGGUGCCGGAUUUUUCCGACUGCAUACCUGAGGAAGUGACUGAGAUAGAAAACGAGUUUCGCGGCCUAACCUACGGCUACCAGAAGACGAACGGUUCCAGCGUGCUCCAGUCGUGCCUGAAAUACGCAGCGACCCACGGGACAUCCUUUCUGCCGGGCGAAGGAGGCUUCCUGCUGGGAUUACUGCAUGAGGUAUACAGCUACAUCGAAGCGACCGGAACGCGCCACGAACAGGAAAUCGCCUCGGACAUCAUUUUACGCAUCGUGGACGUCAUCAUGCAAAACAAAGCGUCACUCAACAGCCAACAGCAAAUCAAACAACUGCAGGAUCUGGUGCAGGCCGCAGCGCUCAACCACGAAACAACGAUGGCAGCACCGAUCUCCUCCUCGUCCUCUUCUGCCCUCGGGCCGGCGUCGGCCGGUGGUCCGGGGGUGAAGCAAGCCGCCUCCACCACCGCCACCCAUCAGCUCAACUCGUUCUAUCUCUACACGGAAACGGUCAAGGGAUUGCCGUUCAGUUUGCAAAUCUACGGCGAUCAGCUCUACUCCGACCAGCUGUACAUGGCCAUGGAGCGCUCCGGAUCACUGCAGGACAUCGUGGCAAACGGCACCGUGCUGGUUACGGUGAUAUCGUACAAGAAUCUCACCAGCUUCCUGCCGCGGUUCUACUUCGCCAAAAAUAGCUUCGGUACCGAUAUCGACUACAUUCCGGCGUCGAAAAUAAUCUCCAGCUGGCUGUACUACGCCAACCGGACCGGCAGUGAAACGAACCAACCGCUACACGUGCCACUGGAGGCGGCCCACGUGGAAAUCAUUUUUCAGCACGAAAAUUCGCCCACCAGCGAAUGGAUCCCACUGUGCGGCUACGACGCGAAGGCAACGUUCGAACCGACUUGGCGCACGGAUCUGUGCAUCACCGAGAACCUGAUGGAGAACAUCACGCGCUGCAUAUGUCCACUGUCCGGCACAUUCGUGGUGCUGCUGGCGAAGAAGAACUACAACCCCUCCGUACCGAAGACGUCCGCCCGGCCAAUAUUCGUCGUGAUCUGCUGCGGAUGCUGCUUCCUUCAGUCGUGCGUCGCCUUCGCCAUCAUGCUGCCGAUCCUGUAUCAGCGCCGGUGCUGUGUGACCUUUUUAAAAAUGCAAUUCUGCUCCGCCACCUCGCUGGCGAUGGCCAUAUUCGUCCUCGGUUUGCUCCAGCUCUUCCCACCCGAAUGGUACGCCCUGGUGAUGGCGCUGCUGUCCGGAUUUCUGCUCCUCAGCACGUCGACCCUGGUCGCCAUCACGGUGCUGGUCACGACGGAGCUGCACGGUCCGAGCCGCAAGCUGGUCGCCGCCACCAACCUGGCCACCGGCAUCUCGGGCAGCAUCGGGCUCAGCUGGUUCCUGCCGAUCCUGUGCGCCACCUCCACGCCGCUCGUCUACAACGUGAUGCUCGAGUCUCCGCCGCACUGGUGGCACGAGGCCGACUCCUUCGGUUUCGUCCUGUUCGUCGUCAUCGAGGCACUGUUCGUGGUGCUCUUCGUGCUGCUCUUCCUCACCCUCAUCAAGCGGCUGCUGUACCUGGCCCGGAAGCACGACAAACACAACGCUUGCAUCGUACGGAGGAUCGGGCUGCUCUACCGGACGGGGUUGCUGUUCGUGUCGAACGUACUUUGCCACACGUUCUACCUGGUGUACGUCAACACCGACGGCCAGCCGUCGGGAGGUUAUCUGUUCGGUGGCAACAGUAUAGCGCUGGGGUUCUGUGUAUUGUUUAGUUUUGUGGUAAAGGCAGAGCUGAAGAACGACACGACCGAGUCCACCAGUAGCAAGUCGAGUACUAAAAACAGCUUGGACGAAAACUUUUGCUCGGGAUCAAUCAAUAGUCCGUUAAGUUUUUAUACAAAUCAGGAAUUAGAUAAGGAUAAUGAAUGCCUACCGUCGGCAGGUAAGACAACGAAGAUUCCUCUGACAAUACUAUCGUCGCAGCAGCAGCAUCAACAACAACAACCGCCAGGGCAACAACAACAUCAGCAACAUCAAGGACAACAACAAACCCCGCACAUAACGACCAUCGAGCCUUGCUUGCACGUGGACCUGGAGGGGCACAGUAUGGACACGUUUCUCGGUGGCACCGGUGCGCUCUGUAACUACGCCAACGUAACGACGGCCCCGUACGGAGGCUAUGAUCUCGCCGGAAGCCUUCUCACGGCGAACACCGUUGGGACCGCGGGACCACUUCCCGCAACCGCACUGAUCACGAUCGAAACCGGUCCCAGCCUGGUGAUAGGAGGGCCACCGGGUCUUCCGCUUCCGACAUCGGCCAACACCGGCGCGGCUAGCGUGAGCAUCGAGUGGCAUCAGCAACAGCAACAGCAGCAGCAGCAGCAGCAACACUCACACGCGUGUGGCCACCGGCCGGAACCGCUGCCUGCUUCGGUGAGCUUCCUGCCGACGAUUUCGGCCGCGGAUACAAGCGAUUUCGUUGGCGUUGGCACGCUGGACAUCCUCAAAGGAGUUGGGCAAGACAGCAUCAUCGGAAUACGGAGUAAAGCGCUCGAGGUGCACGACGGCAAGAAAGUAGUUACUGUAAUCGAAUCACCCGGCCAGAUGCCACCGACGGCUGGCCCCACACCAAGCUCAACGUCACCGUCCUCGGCUCUCGGUGGAUCACUGCCCCGGACGGGAAAAACAAUCUCGGCUGCCACGACGACGAUACCAACGACAACGACGACACCGCCAACGACGACGUCAACGACAACGGCACCGGCGGCCGCAUCGGGAACGAGCGGAUCCCAAGUGUCGAUCCUGCCGUACUACUCCGACCAGCAUGCUCAGAAACCUCUACCGAUGCCACCGACCAUUACCGUCACGUCAACCGACGAUCCGGGGCACAUCGACGGCAUGCUGGACCGAAUCUCGCACGAUCUCGACUACCUGCUGAACCGUACCGGCGACACCGGUCCCUCUGUCGUCGCUAUACAGCUGCGACCGACCACUGGAGGUGGUGGCGGUGCCGCGCCGGCGGUACCCGGUUCCAUUAGCGCACCACUAAUACCCACUUGCCACAGUGUUCACGAAGUAAUUAUCGAAGAGUCUGAAGAAGUAGAUAGCUAA